UCGUAACUGCGGAGCCUGACUCCCCAGCGCUUCCUUUGCGCUCCCCCCCCCAGGACGCCCCCUGCCGACCGCUCCGCUUUCCCUCCCCCGAGGUGAGAUAGCGCGCGCGUGUGCGCGCUGGGGGGCCAGCCCUCCUCCAGCUGCCCACAUCUGGCGCGGGUCCUGCGCGCAGGCAGGCAGGCAGGCAGGCGCGCGCUUGCGCUGCAGCAGCGGCAGCGCUUCUCCGGGUCCGCGGCGCUGGGCUGGCGAGGAGGAUGGAGGCGGCGGCGGAGGCCAUGCCGGGCUACGAGGCGCUGGUGCGGCGCAGCUACGGGAGCCUGGCCGGGGCGCUGCGGAGCUGCACGGGCUGCGGCUGGGAGAUGGCCCGGCGGACAUGGGCCGAGAACGCGCGGCUGGCCUGGAGCGAGUCGCUGCUCUGCCUCCUCUGCGCUGUCGGCUGGACCGUCGCCCGGCGAGCCGCCACCCGGAGCCUCUUUCGGCCCUUUGCUGAGUGGUGCCAGCUGCCCCCCAAGGAUGCUGCCAAGAUGCCCGAGAGUGCCUGGAAGCUGGCCUUCUACACCCUCUCCUUCUCGUACAGCACCUACCUGCUCUUCUUCGCUGGCUACCCCUUUUUCCACGACCCUCCUUCGGUCUUUUAUGGCUGGAAGAGGGGCAUGGAGGUCCCGCCAGACAUUGCCAUCGCCUACCUGAUGCAAGGCAGCUUCUACGGCCACUCCAUCUAUGCCACAUUCUACAUGGACGCUUGGCGCAGGGACUCGAUCGUCAUGCUCGUCCACCACGUGGUCGCCCUAAUGCUCCUCACCUUCUCUUACAUGUUCAGGUACCACAAUGUGGGAAUCCUCGUCCUCUUCCUUCACGACAUCAGCGAUGUUCAGCUGGAAUUCACAAAGCUCAACGUCUACUUCAAAUAUCGGGGCGGGGUCUACCAUCGUCUGAACGAUUUGAUCUCUAACGCCGGUUGCAUCUCCUUCUGUGUAAGCUGGUUCUGGUUCCGCUUGUACUGGUUCCCUCUCAAAGUGCUCUACGCCACCUGCCACACCAGCCUCCAGACUGUCCCGGAGAUCCCCUUCUACUUCUUUUUCAAUGCUUUGCUCUUCAUCCUGACUCUGAUGAACAUCUACUGGUUUCUGUACAUCAUCCUCUUCGUAGUGAAGGUCUUGCUGGGGCAGGUUCGGGAAGUGAACGACGUCCGGGAAUAUGAUGUUGACGCAGCCUGCAAGAAGAGAGACCGGGAGUUUCACAUCCCCAGCUGCUGGAAGGAAGGGAAGCAUUUGAAGAACGGACUCGUGAAAGACAAGCGGUUGUAGAUGGCACCCGCUGGAUCUCCGCUGGCAAGGACCCCCCAGCUUGCUUGCCAACCCAGAGAAGAGCCCGCCCCCCACCCCUUCGUCUUGAUACCUAGAGCUGUGGGAUUGGGGAGGGGGAAAGGGUCUGCAGGCAACUCCUUGGCGGUUGCAUUGUUGUUGUUGUUUUAAAAAAACUCUUGCAUUUGGCCAGAGUUGGCGCUGGCGGUAAGGACUCACACGGAGUGGAUUGAAAGGGGGCCUUUUUCACAGACCUGGGGUUGGAUCCGGCAUGCCCAGCAGAGAGCCCCACAAAGGGAGCGGCAAGAGUCCCUCCUCCGCCAACGUCCCCUUGUAAAGACCAGCUCUGCCUUGCGCAGCCUUCUUUGGGGUGGCCCCCCGAGAGGAUGCAACAGCUUCCCCCACCCUCCUCGUUCUCCAGAGCCCUGACUGGUUAAGCGAACCGAGUGGCCGAUCAGCUUGAGGGGGCGGGGAUUCACACUUGUGAAUUGAUUGACAGGAGGGGUGGCGGUGUUCACCUGGGGACGGUUAUCCCACAAUGCUCUGCGGCACUUUAUUCCUCGCCUUGCAAGCACGCACACCCCGCCUUUUUAAAAUAUAUAUUUUACUGGAUAUCGUUAAAAGAAGGGGGAAAGGGUGAUUUGACCUGUCUCGGGGGGUAUGUGCUUCCCCCCCCCCUGUUGUGUGCAAAGGAAGAGUAUCCAAAACUAAUUUUCCAAAUUAGUUUCUGAAAACAGACUUUUAAAACAUUUUGUUUGUAAGGGCAGACGACGGGUGGAGGGGAGACAGUGGCGAAACCGGAUGCCUGUUUUGAUAUCUAAAAUGUUUGUGAUGAAAAAGCAGGGCGCCAGGAAUGUGGGGAGACGGAGGGGCAAGGGGCUGUGUCUGCCCUAUUUCCCUGGAGGGAAGCCUGUUGAUGGGGCUGCGUGGAGCCUCUGCGUUCAGAGUCUGUCCAUCUGCAAGGACUGCACCUCACAAGGAGAAAGGAGUCUCUGCGAGCACAAAAUUAUUGGUGUCUUUCUAUCCAGGUGGACGGAGGUGACUCCCGUUCUGCAUUCUCUCUCCUACGAAGCAGCACCAGCAUGGACCUCCCACGUGGGUCUGCCAGUCCCAACGCACUAAUGCAGCACCAAUUGAUGUUUGUGGCUCAGUUGGGCACCCCAGAGCUGGCUUUGGGGCAGCGCCCAUCCACGUCAUGCUACUAACCCCCCCCCCACCCGCCAACCCUUAACCCCAGGGAAAAGCAGCGGAAGUUGGCAAGAAUCCUUUGGGGGCAGAAAACUACAAGAAAUUCAAACGGAUUCAAAUGGAGCAAUGGAUUCAAACUACAAGAAAGAAGAUUCCACCUAAACAUUAGGAAAAACUUCCUGACAGUAAGAGCUGUUCGGCAGUGGAAUUUGCUGCCAAGGAGUGUGGUGGAGUCUCCUCCUUUGGAGGUCUUUAAGCAGAGGCUUGACAGGCAUAUGUCAGGAAUGCUUUGAUGGUGUUUCCUGCUUGGCAGGGGGUUGGACUGGAUGGCCCUUGUGGUCUCUUCCAACUCUAUGAUUCUAUGAGUGGCAGACGCAAGGCUGGCAGGGGACGGAAUCACAGAGUUGGGGCCACAAUGGCCAUCUAGUCCAACCCCCUGCAAUGCAGGAACCUGAGAUUAAGAGUCUUACGCUCUACCAACAGCUACCCCAGAGUCGGAAACAGUUGCCCACCUCCUGCAAAUCUCCAAGAGAUCUACCAGGAAAGGGUUGAGCUUAGAGCAGCUGUCUCGCAUGUGGAGGGUCCCAGGUUCAAUCCCGGCAUCUCGGUGAAAGGACACCCCGGGGUCUGGAAGCCUGGAGAGCUGCUGCCAAUUAGUGUAGGCGUUACUGAACUCCGCUGACCCAUUGAUGCAACAGGAGGCAGCUUAUUGGGUUCCUAUUUAAAGCCAGUUCUAUGUUCCAUGAGGACCAGAAUGACCUGAAACUGAAUGACCACAGCUCAGGGGGAGAUCAUUUGCUUUGCAUUCAGAAGGGCCGGGAGUUUAGUCCCUGGCGUCGCCAGUUUGGGUUGGGAGAGACCCCCCCAGGCCUGAAACCUGGGACAGCGGCACACCAUCUUGAUCUCGUUUUAUCCAACGGUCUGACGCUGUAUAGGGCAGCUGCUGGUGCUCUUCGUAUUCUGCUCACCCUGUGUUAGCAACAGUAGAUGGGAAUGCAAAUAAUUGCUUGCUAAGGUGGAAGAUGACGCAGGAGGGAGAGGAAUUUGUAAUGCAGAUGGGGACAUUUGUAGACAAAAGCACCCCUGGAUCCAGAAGUUGCAUUUUCAGGGUGUUCACAUACUAUAUCCCACAAGCGUACAAUCUUUGAACCUCUGUCUGUGGGCACGUGUACAUUUAUUCAGAUGUAUCGUUCAAUAGAAAUGCAGUCUGGUCGAUCUAAACCAGGCAUCCCCAAACUGCGGCCCUCCCUAUGUUUUGGCCUACAACUCCCAUGAUCCCUAGCUAACAGGACCAGUGGUCGGGGAAGAUGGGAGUUGUAGUCCAAAACAUCUGGAGGGCCAAAGUUUGGGGAUGCCUUAUCUAAACAAACCAACAAGUGUACGCACUUCCGCACAAACCCCGGUACACAAGUCGGGAUUGCUGGAACCUGUGUGAACAAGCCCUUCUUUUGAUAAUUAAACAUCUGGGAAGCCAUUGCAUCCCUUUGCCUUUUCCGCCCCCUUCUACUUGGUGCUGCAGGAUGACGCCACAGUCACAGCAGCCUGCAUAUGCGUGCCAGGUUUAAAAAAUCUGCCUCUCCCUUUCCCCUCCGUGGAAAAAUUGAAAGCACCAAGAACUGUAGAAUUCCCCACUGCGGGGAGGGGGGAAGAGUUAGAUUCCCUGACUUGCAUAAAUGAUGGGAAUUUGAACAAGUUCUCUGAUUUUUUUUGCACACACCUGGCAGUGUUUCCCAAACUUGGGUCUCCAGCUGUUUUGGGACUACAAUUCCCAUCAUCCCUGACCGCUGGUCCUGCUAGCUAGGGAUAAUGGGGAGUUGUUGUCCAAAGACCCAAGUUCGGGGAAACCCUGAUUUGGAGGUUCGUUCCUAGGGAAGAAGCGUGAAGCGUCAAACCCCUCCCUAGCACUGGGAAUCUUAUUUGGUGCACAGCUCCCGUUUCUGAGGAUUCCGGCAUACCAUUGCAUCCAUGAGGGCUAGCACCUUGGUUUCUCUAGUGAAAGCCGAUGUUCUCUGCAAGCCAGAUGCCACAAACAAUAUGCUGCGCUCACACACACACCUGGUGUUCCUGCACUGUAAUUUGUUUUGCACACUGUUUAGAGAUUGUAAACAUUAAGCAAAAGUUUAGGGAUACCUUAAAUAAAUUGUGUCCCACCGUAGUCGGACUGCGCUGAUGACACGGCUUGCUCCUUGACCAAACCUGUCCUACAGAAGGCCAAGAGAGAGAGAGGAUCCCUUGCCACUUGAGUUUUGUGCAUGCCUAUCUACAGCAGCCUGCUGACUUCUGCUGAGUCUUCCCUUGGAAGGAAAGUAAGACGGGGGUGGAUUUGUGAACCUCUAAAUGUGGUUACUAAGGGCCCAUUGAGUUCAACACCCUGUUCUCAUGUGGCCACCCAGGUGCAACAGGGACGGGGAACUGACGGGGAACAUAUAGAGGAGGGAGAAAGGUUGUUUUCUGCUGCUCCAGAGAAGCGGACACGGAGCAAUGGAUUCAAACGACAAGAAAGAAGAUUCCACCUAAACAUUAGGAAGAACUUCCUGACAGUAAGAGCUGUUUGGCAGUGGAAUUUGCUACCAAGGAGUGUGGUGGAGUCUCCUUCUUUGGAGGUCUUUAAGCAGAGGCUUGACAGGCAUAUGUCAAGAAUGCUUUGAUGAUGUUUCCUGCUCGGCAGGGGGUUGGACUGGAUGGCCCUUGUGGUCUCUUCCAACUCUACGAUUCUAUGACUCUUCAGAUGUUGGGACGAGAGAAGGUGGCACCCUGCCCGAUAUUUCCCUUAAAAAAACCCCCCAAAACCUGUAUUAUUAUUUUUUAAAAAAAUUAAUGUUCAGACUUCAGGAACCACACCAGAUUCUUCAUCUGCAAUGGGUAUCCUCGAAGAGUGCAAUUAGCUCAAAAGAUGGGAGGAUGUGUUGUCAAGUUAAAUUUGCCCCCAUCUCCAGUGAGUGGACAGAAAACUCCCCUUCUAAGGUUGCAAUCCUAAAGGCCGGUUCAACAUAUGAUCACCAGAGAACCCAGCAAUGCUUCGAAUCCACUGGGCUUUCCGUUAAAGGGUCUAGCAUGCUUUGGGAUCUGAGAUGCUUCCGGGCAAAACAAGGUUGCAGCCAACUGAAUCAUUCUCAGAGUAGACCCAUUGAAGUGAAUGGAUGUGACUAAUGGGCCCCAUUAACUUCAAUGGGUUGCUCCUGUCAGUAGUCCUAUUCACAGUAGACUCAUUGAAGUUAGUGGUCCUAGGUAGGUUGUGUUUGUUAGCUUCAAUGCAGGAUAGUGGAUGUUAAUGGCCCCAAAUUAGUCGUGCCUAUUCCUUUCUAUGUGUCUACUCUUGAGUAAGUUAGAGGCAAGCUUAUUUUCAGGGGUCAAAUCCCAUCCAGGUGGAUUUAUCUCUUCACACACACAAGGUUCUUGUUUGGCGCAAGGAGAGUCUUACAACAAAGCUCAUUCCAGACUUCUAGGCCUGGUCCGGAUCCAUCCCUUGCACCAAUGUUCACACUUCCUCCCCUGCUCUUUUAUGACUUGUGGCUUUGCUUCGGAAAGGUGUUUGUCUGUGAGAGAGGGAUCCGAGGCCUUGUGUUUGUUUCUGUGUUAAUUUAAAUGCCAACUCUCUUGUGGCGGAAUCCUCAUUAAAAGAAGGAGAAAUCGUAUUUGUCGUAAGAGCUGUUUGUUACCUUUCUAGCCGCUUAAAGUUGGGUGUAUAGUUCUGUAUUCCUGAUUUGGGUUUUCUGCUGCUGCUCGACGUGUUUAAAAGGGGACAAGAGGGGGGAGAGCUGCAUCUUAACUGGAAAGGAGAAACAAGGUUACAAGAUAAUAGGGAGAUAACAAUUU